CGCCCCCCCCGCCCACGAGGAAGUGGUUGCUGCACUGCGUGGGGCUCAGAGCCGGAUCGGCGCGUCGACUGUCCAGAGUCCGCGGCCGGGGCGCCCCGAGGAGCUGAGCAUUCAUGGCUUACCACAGCUUCCUAGUGGAGCCCAUCAGCUGCCAUUCCUGGAACAAGGAUCGUACACAGAUCGCCAUCUGCCCCAACAACCAUGAGGUACACAUCUACGAAAAGAGUGGCGCCAAGUGGACCAAGGUUCACGAGCUCAAGGAGCACAACGGGCAGGUGACAGGCAUCGACUGGGCCCCUGAGAGUAACCGCAUCGUGACCUGUGGCACAGACCGAAAUGCCUAUGUGUGGACACUGAAGGGCCAUACGUGGAAGCCCACACUGGUCAUCCUGAGAAUCAACCGUGCUGCCCGUUGUGUGCGCUGGGCCCCCAAUGAGAACAAGUUUGCCGUGGGCAGUGGCUCCCGUGUCAUUUCCAUCUGUUAUUUCGAGCAGGAGAAUGACUGGUGGGUGUGCAAGCACAUCAAGAAGCCCAUCCGCUCCACUGUCCUCAGCCUCGACUGGCACCCCAACAACGUGCUGCUGGCUGCGGGCUCCUGUGACUUCAAGUGCAGGAUCUUCUCAGCCUACAUCAAGGAGGUGGAGGAGCGGCCAGCCCCCACACCUUGGGGUUCCAAAAUGCCCUUUGGGGAGCUCAUGUUUGAGUCCAGCAGCAGCUGCGGCUGGGUGCAUGGUGUUUGCUUCUCAGACAGUGGGAGCCGUGUGGCCUGGGUCAGCCAUGACAGCACUGUGUGCCUGGCGGAUGCCGACAAGAAGAUGGCUGUUGUGACUCUGGCCUCUGAAACACUGCCGCUCCUUGCCAUCACCUUCAUCACAGAAAACAGUUUAGUGGCAGCGGGCCACGACUGCUUCCCGGUGCUGUUUACCUAUGACAGCGCUGCAGGGACGCUGAGCUUUGGUGGACGGCUGGACGUGCCCAAGCAGAGCUCUCAGCGUGGCCUGACUGCCCGAGAGCGUUUCCAGAACCUCGACAAGAAGGCCAGCUCCGAGGGCGGCCCAACAUCGGGCGUGGGCCUGGACUCCCUGCACAAGAACAGUGUCAGCCAAAUCUCAGUGCUGAGUGGGGGCAAGGCCAAGUGCUCGCAGUUCUGCACCACUGGCAUGGAUGGUGGCAUGAGCAUCUGGGAUGUGAAGAGCCUGGAGUCAGCCCUGAAGGACCUGAAGAUCAAAUAAGCUCUGAGGAGUGCUGCCCUCAUCCCAGCUGCUGGGGAAGGGGGGACAAGAACAGAGGGAGGCUAAGGGUCACUUUUCUGAAAUCUUCUAGGGUGCCAGGAUGGGUCCCCAUAGGGGCUGCCCCCCAAGAAGGGGAAGGGGCAGGUGUAGAGCUUUCCUACCUAUUCAGUGAACAUGUGCCUUUUUUCCUUAAAGAAAUGCUUUCACUUUUAUUUUGAAAAAAAAAAAAAAAGCCCCCAAA